AUAUGGAGGCAAAAGUCAUCAGAUUUCUUUACAGCAGGAAAUGCAAAGAGAUCCGAGCCCAGUUGGUGGAGCAGCUUAAGUGUUUGGACCAGCAAUGCGAGCUCCGCGUGCAGCUCCUGCAAGACCUGCAGGACUUCUUCCGCAAGAAGGCAGAGAUCGAGAUGGACUACUCCCGCAACCUAGAGAAACUUGCCGAGAGGUUCCUGGCCAAGACUCGCUACACAAAGGACACUCAAUUCAAGAAAGAGCAAAAUGUCCUGUCUCCAGUCAACUGCUGGAACCUUCUCUUGGCUCAGGUGAAGAGAGAGAGUCGAGACCACGCCACUCUCAGCGAUCUCUACCUCAACAACAUCAUCCCACGCUUCGCACAGGUCAGCGAGGACUCAGGACGCCUCUUCAAAAAGGUGAUGAAGACCUAUCACAUGUACAACAUGGACAGCAUCAAUGCUGAAAGCAAGCUGAAGGAGGCAGAGAAGCAGGAGGAGAAACAGAUGAGCCGCAGCGUCCGACAUGAGGACAGGCAGACCCCGCGCUCGCCCGACUCUCUCACAAACAUCAAGAUCGAGGAGAAACAUGUGCGCCGCAGUUCUGUCAAGAAGAUCGAGAAGAUGAAGGAGAAGCGGCAAGCAAAAUACACUGAGAACAAGCUGAAAGCCAACAAGGCCAGGAAUGAGUACCUUCUGGCUCUGGAGGCCACCAACAACUGUGUCUUCAAAUACUACAUCAAUGAUCUGUCUGACCUCAUAGAUUGCUGUGACCUGGGCUACCAUGCCAGCCUGAACCGUGCACUGCGUACCUACCUCUCGGCCGAGUUUAACGUGGAGACUUCCAAGCACGGUGGUUUAGAGACCAUUGAGAACGCUGCAGAGAACUUGGAGGCCAACGCAGACAAGCAAAGGCUCAUGGAGACCUACAACAACGUCUUCUGCCCUCCAAUGCGCUUCGACUUCCAGUCUCACAUGGGUGAUAUGGGGGGACAUUUGUGUGCCCAGCAGCCCGUGCAGGGAGAGCUGAUCCAGAGAUGCCAGCAGCUACAGUCCCGCCUGUCCACACUGACAAUAGAGAAUGAAGAGGUAAAGAAGACGAUGGAGGCCACUCUACAGACCAUCCAGGACAUGGUGACCAUUGAGGACUUUGAUGUGACUGACUGCUUCCACCACAGUAACUCAAUGGAGUCUGUCAAGUCCACUGUGUCUGAAUCCUUCAUGAGCAAACCCAGCCUGGCCAAGAGACGAGCCAACCAGCAGGAGACAGAACAGUUCUACUUCACGGUAAAUGAGAUGGAGAAGGAGAGAAAUCAGUUUAAUACAGGGUCACAGGGUCUCCAUCAUGAGGGCAUUUUCAGGGUGUCCGGCUCUCAAGUGGAAGUCAAUGAUAUUAAGAACGCCUUUGAAAGAGGUGAGGACCCGCUGGCUGGGGACCAAAACGAUCAUGAUAUGGACUCCAUUGCUGGAGUGUUAAAGCUCUACUUCAGAGGCCUGGAGAACGCCCUCUUUCCUAAGGAAGUCUUCCAUGACCUAAUGUCCUGUGUCUCCAUGGAGAACCUCCAGGACAGAGCUGUCCACAUCUGCAAAGUCCUGCUGUCUCUACCCAGCAACAUCCUGGUUAUCAUGCGAUACCUGUUCGCUUUCCUCAGCCAUCUGUCCCAGUACAGUGAUGUUAACAUGAUGGACCCCUACAACCUGGCUAUCUGCUUCGGCCCCACACUCAUGUCUGUGCCUGAGGGCCACGACCAAGUCUCCUGCCAGGCACAUGUGAACGAGCUCAUCAAAACCAUUAUUAUACAUCACGAGACCAUCUUUCCAGGGCCCCGUGAGCUGGAGGGGCCCAUCUAUGACCGUGGAGGAGCCGCUGAGGAAUACUGUGAUAGUCCACACAUUGAGCCCCCCCUAGUGGAUGAACCUGCACCUGACGCUGCCUCUGAAAUCCACAACAGCGAUGAUGAGUUUGACCCCAUUGAGGCCAUCGCACGUUUUGACUACUCUGGACGCACCAAUCGUGAGCUUUCCUUUAAGAAGGGGGCGUCUUUGCUGCUGUACCACCGUGCAUCUGAGGAUUGGUGGGAGGGUCGCCACAACGGCACUGAGGGACUGGUGCCGCACCAGUACAUAGUAGUGCAAGACAUGCCGGAUGGAUAUGCAGGCAGAGGAAGUCCCAAAGCUGACCUAGAAGCUUCCCAUGAUGCUGCGGAAGAGAAGGUGUCCACCAGAGCCAGUGCCAGCUCACCCACUGGAGGUCAUGUAGCUGAUAUCUACCUAGCUAACCUCAACAAGAUGAGGAAACGGCCGGAAGCGCCCAGCAUCCGAAGAACAAUCCGGCCAGUGGAGGGUCUAGGCGAGGGCUCAUCCGGAGCAACAGGGGGUUUAAAGACCUCGUCCAUGCCGGCAAGUGGACUGGCCAAGGAAGGGACAGACAAGCGACCGGUCAGUGCUCACAGCGUCCUAAACUCCAUCACCCGACACUCCUCUCUGAAAACUAAGGUAGAAGGUCCUCAGCUCCGCAAGUCCACUCCUGCAGGGCGAUCCAAGAGUUUCAGCAAUCACAGACCACUGGACCCAGAGGUCAUCACUCAGGUGGAGCACAGCUCACAGGACAUUGAGGCGACUAUGAACACGGCUCUAAGUGAGCUGCGAGAGCUGGAGAGGCAGAGCAACGUCAAACACACUCCUGACGUUGUGCUUGACACUCUAGAGCAGCUGAAGAGCGGAGGGGCAUCUGAACCCUCCAGCCCGCUUCAUUCCCGCCUGCUCCGUGAGGCCGACUCCUCCCAGCAUCCUCUGCAGCGCAGCGCCAGUUCGGCCAGCGACAUGCCCUCCACCUUCCGGCCCGGCAAAACCUCGGGUCCCAAAAGCCCUCUGUCAUCAAUGUCUACAACAGGUCUGUCAGCUUCUGGCUCCAGCUUUAGAGAUAACAAACCCCCAGCCACCAAACCCAAGCCUGUGGUGUUCCCAAAAAGCAGUUCGGCAGGGGGAUCCCCAACCACCACCAUACUGCCAACACCACCGCCCCCUCCACCACCCACCGACAAGUCUUGCCCCGUCUGAGGGUUUACAGCCUCGAUCUGUGAUCAAUUUCUUAGUAAUUCCUAGAGCACCCUCUAAUACUGACUCUUUGGAUCUUCAUGAAAAACUGUGGACAACUUUUAACAGACUCAAACUGAUAUUGGAUGCUUGCGUGAUUGAGCAUGAGUGUGUGUGUAUGGAAUUAAUAUACACAUGUGGAAUAUUGGAGUGAUUUUACAACACUGUUUUAGUUUGGAUUGAGACAUGGACGUCAGCAAUCCCUCUUUUCUAAUCCCAAAUUAGUGGUUUGGAGUAUUUUCGACUGAUUAUAUAAGGCGUCAGACUUUGAGGACAAACGAGCAGUUGGAAGUGCUUUCCUGAUAUGAAUUUGCCGCUCCUUGUCACAUAACAGCAUUAUGUCUUGAUCCAAAUCUGUCUUUUUCUUCAGAUUCUACAAUUCUGUUAUACAAUAAUCAGUAGUUACAGUUCAUAUAAUCCACAGUUUCUGCUUAAACACACCAAUCCUAAACUCACCAAAUAAAGGAAUAGGAACAUCUUUGCAUGAGGAUUCACAAGAUAUUUGCAUGGCAAACGUGGAUUCCCUAACAAACAGAUUCAAAAGCACUUCUGACGUUCUUAAUAUGUGGUUUUAUUGUACUAUUAUAUCAGAGGGCACAUAAAAAAGAGAUUGAUGUUUUGUAUAAGUUUAAUGAUCAUGAUUAUAACUGGAAAAAGUGAUCUAAAAAUGAGGAAUGUCAUGCAAGCACAUUAUUUCUUCGUCGCCCAUGUAUAAAAAAACAAAACGGAUAAAAGAAACAUGAUUUUAUUUCAUUUUCCCUAGGUCAUUACUCACCUUUGGGUCUGUAUCAUGGUAUCUAUGUAUUAGUAUGUGUGUUUACGUACAGUAUGUAUAUUCUGAAUCUUAGCAGCCUAACAGCAGCUUUUAGAGAUUGACGAUGCAAAAAAGGGAAAGACUUAAAACAGACCAAUGGCGGAUACAUGCAAAAACGUAGCUUGCUUUCCUCCGUUUUUCCAACUCUGAAAGGAUAAGCGUGCAAAAAGCCUCUUUAAAAGUCUGACAAUCUUCAUCACACGGUCUGCCUGAUUAUGCCUUCGGACAAGUCUGUAUUUUCCUAAGCGAGGCCUUAAUGUCCUAGAAAAUUAGUUGUGGUGGUAUGCAAAAGUAGCCUGCUUCACUUUGAAUCAAGCAAUGACUGUGACUCCUGGAAAAUAUCUACAGGUAGACUGAGAUGAUGUUUUUGACUGAGGCCCCCCCCCGCCAACCCCCCCCCC